GUUCAGUACUGUGGCUUGCUGUUUCGCCAUGAGGGCUGGCCCCUGUGUAUUCAUGAGAAGAUUGUAGUCCAGCUGGCUUCCAUUGACUGGCGAAUCUUGAAGCCUGGUGACUUCUACCUGCAGGUGGUCCCCUAUCUGAAGAAGUCUCCACGAAUCGUAUUGAAAUGUUUGGCAAAAGACAAGCAUAAUGUAGAAGAAGUCGUGAUUCCAGAAGUUUCCUAUACCUCUGUUUUCACUCUGGAAUGGUUGAGUACUUUCAAUGGAGAGCGGAUGGGUAUAGCACUGGAAAAUUGUUUACUAACCACUGAUGAUCAAGUAUUUCGUGUCCCCUGGGAUAAAGUGGUUAAUCCUGAAUUUAUAAAUAAACCAAAGAUAAUUGAAAACAGUAUCAUCUCUCCAGAAGUAACAGAGGAACGUUCAGUUUUGUGCCUCCCCAUGGACCAUGCUGAGUGCAGUUCACCAGACCUAGGAUCUCGGUAUCUACAGGAACAAAGUCCAAAUCAAGACAACCUGGUCGUCAGCAGCACAGCUCCUCAGUUAAGUGAAGCUCUUGUCAAUGGUGUCUGUACAAGUCCUGUGCCUCAAGAGGACUUGAAAAGUGACCUUGAAGGAGAGUACGUUGAGCUGGCAGAAGUUUCACUGCCCAGGUUUGGGCCCCAAACAGGCUCUUUAACCCAGUCGCUAGCUUUACAUUAUCUAACUCAGCCCAGAACGCGAGUGAAUGCGUCUAAAGGCAAGCACAGGUUUAUUGUCAUUCAAGACAGCACCUACUCCAAGAACUUAAUACAGUCAGCACUUAUGCAGAAGGAGCACUGUCAAAUGGACACUCUGAGGACUUCCUCUACGGAAGUUCUCAAAAAUGUAAUUCUGUUGGAAAGCAACAAAAUGACAGCACAUGGAGAAGUGUGUGCAGAAGGUCAGCUGCUAUCGGGUGGCCCUGGAGACAUGGGGAAUAGCUUUCCUGUGGCUGAGUCUCCUGCCUGCAGUGCAGAAGAUUCAUCUGCAGAGCAGGAGACCCCCAGCGAACACUCAAUCAAUUGGCGAUAUGCGCUGUGCAGCUACAGCGACGUGUGUGCUGGAGAUGGUGUCAACUGCAAAGCACAAAUGCCUGGUGCUCCUGAAAACACGGAAGGAGAAAGUGAUGGUCCUAGUGGAAAUCCUGGUGUUGAAACAUCGGAACAGAGCCCAGGAACAAUUCUAGAUGCUAGUGCUGCUAAAGAGGAGGUGAUACUGGCAGUUCAUGGAGAACCACUGACCGAGGGUCAAAAUGAGGUGACACAGAUGGAUGCCUUUCCUGCAUCUGUCCUAGGGCCUUCGGGGCCACAUUGCACACUGAAGGAAGGUUCUGAUAUUUCUUGUGAGAGUGUUGAUGAAAGUGCAGCACCAGUCCAGGCCACUAUGUUGCUUAUCACACCUGAGAGUUCAGAUGUGGGUGUGGAGAGAGGCUCUCCUGCAGGGAACACAGCAGGUGUAGGAGCAGUUGGUGCUUGCUGCAGUGAUCAGGAAGCAAAUCUUAGUUCUCCAUUAAAUCCUCCAGAACAAAACCAAGGAGAAGUAGAUGAGUUUGAGCUGGAAAGAAGGGACAGCCCAGAGGAAGUCAAAGACAUUGAACAAAUAUUGACUGUAAAUGAGAAUCAGAUUAGUCAUAGUCACUGUUCUCUCAAAGCUCCUACAGAUGGACUUUUGUCAGAUGGUGAAGAGCAAGAAGUCUCUGCCUGUCAGCAUAAGAAAGCUGAAGAGGCUAUACUACUCCAAAGUGGUCUGUCAACAGAGGGUGAUCAGGCAGCAGAAGAGUUAAGUGACAGUGAGCCUUUGGGCCCUGAUGCACAAUCAGAAGGCUCAAGUCAAUUCAGAACCCAGAGCUCUGGACAGGGGUGUGAGGAACCAGAAAGACAGGCAGAAAACCAGGGCCAUGAAAGUGAAGAGAACUCCGUGCUGAACCUAGAGCGUGCUGCAGUACAGGACUUGAUGGGAGGGGAGGAGAACCAGGGAAGCUUUUCUCAUGGGGAAAAGUCAAAGAGUCUAGCCUUGAAAACACUGGAAUCCAUUGAAGAGGAACUGGAGGUUGGACCACUGACCUCAGAGGGGCAUACAGAGCCCACCACUCCACACUCCACCCAAGCAGCAGCUUCUAGGGCUACAUCUCCUAAAGGGAUGGUGGCAGAAGGGGCAGAGAUGAGAAAAGAAGCAGCUGGCACAGAUGUGUUGAAACCAGUGAGUAAAGACAGCACCCUGGAGGAAAACUCACCAGCUGUUACUCCCCCAACAUCCCCAGCUGCUGGGAGUGCCUGGGGUGGUCGGUCUGCGCCGACCAUAGUCAAGGAUGUGAACCCUGAAGUGCUCAGGAGCGGUGUUGCCUGCCUGCCUG